AUGUCAGGUGCUACCAUCUCUAGCGCACCAGAUCUUUCGGUGCGUCCAGUGGCUACACUUUGGGCAGGGCCAGGGCAAGCUUCCAAUUCUACCUCAUCUGUCGAAGAGAAUGUCGCCUAUCGUUUUGUUUUAGAUCGCAAGGUUCAGACUAUAUCAAGCAACGGCCUUCCGGACACCGGAUUGGUGUCAGGCAUUCUGUUCGUACCGAGUCUAGAGCCCCACGAUCCAUGCUACAAAAUCACCGAUUCAUCUGUGCCAUCGAAUGUGACCCGAUAUGAGGAUGUGUCGGACUUCGGGUAUCCCCUCGUUGGCCUCGCUCCAUGGGUGUCCGCCGAAUGUUCUCUGUCGUUCUUAGACGCCGCUCAAAAAGUCGGGACGCAGGCUAUGAUCUUUUUCCAGCCGUCAAGUAACGACACAGAGAUACCCCCUGAUUCGAAUAGCUCACUUUGGACCAUCGAUAAGGAAGAAGAAUGGAGGGUGGACAACCAUUACCCAGUCUAUGCUAUCCCCGGCCCAGCGGGAAUCUCAUUGAUCAAUGAUCUCUCGUGGUAUUCAGACAACACAGUCGGCACCAAGAGAGACAGUUCGACCGAGGGAUUUGCCAUGCAGUCGGAGAAUCAGCGGUUGUUUGCCAGGAUUGAGAAUGGAACUAUCAUUAUGCUGAGUCUCGUUCUUAUCAUCGUCUAUCGACUUGUUCUACGUAAGAGGCGGGUUGAAUUUCAAAGACGGGUCAAUGAAGGCGAGGUCGACCUUGAAGCAUUGGCAUUGAACCAAAUGAAGGCUCCUCAAGAGGUAGUCGACAAAAUGCCAUGCUAUACAUAUCUUCGGAUUGAUGCACCCAAAGAAGCACUGCUUCCAGAAGAAAACGGGUCGGCAAAUCCAACCGAACUUGAUUCUGGUGAAAAUACCAGACCGUCGUCACCGAACAAAGACGAUCAGUCUCGUGGAGCUACCGGUCCUCGAAAGCCUGAAGCAGCAGUGAUAAAGCCUGACUCAAAAGAAUCUUGUCGAAGCAAGUACCGUCUGAGCCAUACCCAAACAACCUGCGCUAUUUGCAUCGACGAUUUUGUUGCUGGGUCAUCUGUGCUGUCUUUGUCCACUAUGCAAGAAGAGCGUCUUGCCACCGGGUUCAUUCUAUAUCUCGGUGACUAA